AUGGGGCUCGGUGGCCGGCUCUUGCAGGGCCAGCGGCGGCGCCAGGCCGCCUGCCUGCGGGCCGGCGGCGGUCCCAGCGAGGUCAGCAUCGGUGGUCUCCGAACGGCGUGGUGGCAGCACCGUUGUGUGGUGAAAGCGCGGGCCGGAGGACCUCCUGCCACAGCCGCCGGGCGGGGCGCCACGUCUACAGCGCCGAAGGGCGUGUGCGCCGGCCCCGGCAUGCAUGCAGUUACCUGCGCGGCCCGGCGCGCGUUACAGGAGCAGCGAGCGCGAGGCCGCCGAGGCAGAAACAGGCGCCGGCCCCGGGGGCUCCACCGUGCUUCACCGAGCGCGUUCUCCACUGCUCGCAACGUGCCUUCCGGCAAGCGUCCGAGCAGCACGUGGUUGCCUCGGCGUGCUGGAUCGUAG